AUGGAAAGCUUACGAAGUAAUCUUGUACAAGCAUGUGAUGACGAGAGGAUCACUCUACACUGUCCAAAAAACACGCAUAUUAUACUUCAAAAUGUAUUUUAUGGUCGUUUAGUACCAAGUGAUCAACUCUGCCCUCUAAUUUCUACGCAAGAUCCGAUUAAUGAGGAUACCAGUUGCGAUGUAAUAGAAGCUUACUCGGUAAGGAUAAAAACAGCAAAGCAUAAAAUUGAAAUAAUUUAA